UAGUUUUCUGUGAGAUUCCCUAUAAAUAUCUCUGUGAGAAAGAAAGGCCGCUAGGGUUUCGCUGCUCCUGAAAUUUUCCCUUUCUCGCCUCCUGUCUUCAACCGAAGGAUCUCUUUUCUCCGAUCUCUCAGGGCCUGGUAUCUUUACUAGCCAUGUCUCGUGUCUACGUCGGGAAUUUGGAUCCCAGAGUAACUGAACGAGAACUUGAAGAUGAGUUUCGUGUUUAUGGGGUUUUGCGAAGUGUAUGGGUUGCUCGGAAACCGCCAGGCUAUGCCUUCAUUGACUUUGAUGACCGCAGAGAUGCUCUAGAUGCAAUUCGUGAAUUGGAUGGUAAGAAUGGGUGGAGAGUGGAGCUCUCUCAUAACUCUAAAGGUGGGGGUGGUGGCCGGGGGGGUGGCCGUGGUGGAGGCCGUGAUCGUUCGGGAGGAGGCUCUGAUAUGAAAUGUUACGAGUGUGGUGAGCCAGGUCAUUUUGCCCGAGAAUGCCGCCUGCGAAUUGGUUCUGGUGGAUUGGGCAGUGGAAGACGCCGUAGCCGCACCCCUCCAAGUAGAUAUCGCAGAAGUCCAAGCUAUGGUCGAAGGAGUUACAGUCCUCGUGAUCGUUCUCCACGGCGCCGAAGCGUGUCACCAGCUCCUCGUGGUCGCAGCUAUAGCAAGUCGCCUUCAUAUCACCGCGGGCGCGAGGAAUCACCAUAUGCUAAUGGGUAAGCUGUAAAUCCUGCUGCUGCUGCUGUUAGAGACCGCCGCAGGAGCAGGAGCUGAACAAUGGCAGUGCUGGAGACUAGUCUGUAUUGAGAGUAACAUGGGUUUAGAAAUCUGGAGUCGGUAACAUGGGCUUCAUUGGAACAGUGUGUUUUAAUUUGCGACACGCACAGCCUCGACUGCUCAGAUUUGGAUAAGUUUCUUUCCUGCUUUUUAUUACAUUUGAUCUUUUAGUUUCUAUCGAUACAUUUCAAAUUGCAGUUUCUUUAUAUAGAAGGGUCUUAAGGAAAAUGAUGAGGGUAGAAUAUUCACUGAGAUAUGUACCUUUUUUUUGUGUGUUUGAGGAGGCGUGGUUCUGCUUAAACGACUCGGUAGAGAACUUUGCUGCUUCAA